UCUCUCUCUCUCUCUCUCUCUCCAUCUGUAUAAAUACCGACUCCACCUUGCAUUUCCAUGCAAUACAACCCAAAGAGAAAAUCCCACUCCAUUAGAAAAACCCCAUAUCAUAUCACGGCAUCCUUGAAAAUGUCGACCGAGUUAUUUAAGAAUCAGGACGACGUUAUUGUCUUGGAGCAGCCUCUGCCUGCCGGCCAAGAACCAGAGCCUUCCGAUGACAUGAAACAGGAAGAAACGAUGAUAAUGCGAAUCAACACAAACAUUGUGCAGACACUAUACGAGGCGCUGUACCAGGGGGACACCGAGACGGUAUCGAGCCUGCUGGCGACCGACCUGGAGUGGUGGUUCCAUGGUCCACCCCGGUGCCAGCAUAUGAAGCGUGUCCUCACAGGUGAGUACACCCCUAAGGCAGCAGCCUUCAGGUUCGAACCGAGAGACGUGACGGCUGUGGGCACAGCCUGCGUUAUCGCUGAGGGUUGGGAGGGGGCUGACGCGUACUGGGUCCAUGUCUGGACCCUCAAGGACGGGAUCAUCAUCCAGUUCCGGGAGUACUUCAACACCUGGCUUACCGUGAGGGACAUGACGACGAAGGCAAAGCGACCUGUUGAUCUCGGGUGGGGCAGUGGCAGCACCAGGCGUGGGAGCCGCACUCUCUGGCAGAGCCGGCCCAGGGACCUCUUCAACCGCUCAUUGCCAGGGCUCUUGCUGGCUGUCUAAGAUUCAUGAAUACGAGUUUAAUUUGGACCAUUUGCAAAUUUCAUGAAAAGGUUUUCCGAUGUGCUUAAUUAGCAAUUAUCACCUAAUUAUGCAAUUAAAGAAUGAUCAAGAAAUUAAUCUGUGUAUGUGCUCUUUUUAAUGGAACUAGUUAAGUGAUGAUCA